GAUGAGCAAGGAACACGAGCGAGAAACAUACCGAUUAUUAUGUUGGAUCAUCCUAUACCUUUUCGUGACAAUGUUCGUGAUGACAUUCUCUGUGCGAGUCAAGAGAUGGAACCUGAUGUUAAUAAUCGCUGUAUCAUUUUACACCGUUCAAUUAUAUGCAGACUUUCUCGUGAUAAUGAGAAUUCAUUAGUCGACAAACACUUGUGA